AUGAUAUCCUCAAACGAUGAUGGUAGUGGUGAGAACGAUGACUAUGGUGAUAUAGAUUUACUACAAUUCACCCCAACUCAAUCUCAUUUUUUAAAAAAAUACUUAAUAGAAAAUCAAUUAACAAAAGAAUUACAUAGACUAAAUGAUCCAGAAUGUUGUCAAUAUCUUGGACCACCUUUUAAACUGAGUGAUAAUCAAAGAGAAUUACCGUUACUAUCAUUUUUUUUUCAAGAAUUUAUAGCUACAUUUCCAUUCGUCACAAAUAAUUCAUCAAAAGAACAACAACAUUUUUGGCAAGAUGUUUUACAACCAUUUGUUGAAACAUUCAAUUCAAAAGACAUAAGUGAUUCUGAAGAAAGGAAAACAAACUCCAAAAGAAAGAAAAGUAACAAAAAAUUGUUGUCUGGUUUAUUGGUGUUUUAUAAUACUGUACUAAUUACUAGUAAUGAAAUGAUGUAUUUAAAUGAAUCCCAUUUAAAGGCUUCUGAUACAGCUAAAUUGGACAAAUUUGAUGUUCACAAAAAAGAAAGACCUACAAUAAUUGGAAUGAAUGAGUUUGACAAAAUGAAAUUUGAAAAUGGCUUUUAUAUUAAUAUUGUGGCAGUUAGAAAAUUGAGCUAUGAAGAAAAAUCAUGGUUUUUUAAACAGAGAAAUCAUCAUUAUGAAUUCAUCAUACAAAUAGUUAGAAAAUUGGAAGCCGGACAUGAAAAUUAUUUUAUUUUAAAAUAUUAUGAUCAGUUCAAAAAAUUGGAAAACGAUUUGAACGUUGAAUUACCUGGGGUUAUGUCCACAAAAUUACCUUCAUUACCUCAUAAGGAUAAAAAUGAUAUAGGAUAUGAUGAAGAUCUGGAUCUAGAUAUGGACGCAAGAUCUGGCUUGUUGAGUCGAGAAAAACUAAGAUUAGCUUUAAGAGGUUAUUUAAGAUUAUUGAUUAAGCAUAAAGAAAUUGUAAAUACUCAAAAGUUUCUAAAUUUCAUACUGAGUAAUAAGACUGAGUUGACGGAAUCAGACAUUGUGGAUUACGAAGAACGCAUAAAUCAUGAGCGAAUCAUAUUACAAACUCAAAUCGAAUUCCAAGAUCAAACAGCUAAACUCAUGGUAAAACUAAGUGAUAAUUUUGAAAAUUUUAAAUUGCAAUUGAUUAAAAACCCAAACACUAUCACUAAAAUAUUCGAAGAAAUAGGUAGCAUAGAAAGUAUAAAAGAUGCUUCACCUUUACUACAAACUUUCAAUGAUUGGUGUAAGUUAGAGAUUGCAGCAACAGUAUACCAAAUUUUUUUAGGUCAAGAUAACUCAAAUGAAAUUUUUCAAAAAUGUAAGAGGUUUCACAGAUUGUUUCCCUACAGUUUGAUUUAUGGAAUUUUGCGAUUUACAAACCCAAUGAAAAUGGUUUCAAGAAUAGUAGAUUUGCUAUUCGUAAAUAUUCCAAGGUUGCCAAGUUGGAAUAGAGACUUAUCGGAGGAAUCUAAAAAGACAGGUGCAAGGAAUUUAUGCUCAUUGAUUUUUAUCAUGCUUCUCAAUGAAGACUUGAAUGAAUUUCUGAAAGAAGUUGAGUUGUUAAAAGGGAAGCUAAAUGGCUAUGAGUUAUACAUGGAGAGGAUUGAAAAUUAUACAGAGUUAACAGCUGAUGAAAUCAUUGAUUUAAAAGAAGAGGCAAUCGAAAAGCAUCAGGACCUAGUAAUUACAAUAUUAUCCACUUCUAAGAUCCUGCCGUUGCCUGACUCAAAUUUAUCCAAUAUCAUAAAAUCCUUCAAUGACAAUGAAAAAUCAAAUACUUCUUUAUAUCUGAACCUAAAGCAAUAUUGGUUGAUUCAGGUUCGUAGAAAAGACAAACAAAUUUUCAAAGAACUAUGGCAAGAACCUCAAUUAACGAGAUUGUUAAAAUCCAUUCUACAAAUUUUUUACAAUCCGUUAAUGAGAAUUUUUGCAAAAAGUAAUAUUCAUUUAGCCUUUUCGGCUUUCCAAGAUUUAAUAGAUGAUUUGUUAAAGACGUUGUCAACCAUAAGAGAAGACCAAUAUUUUAUGAAUCCUUUAGAAAUCUAUGAUUCUAUCAAGUCAGUACUAGAUCAACACGAGGAAAUUUUGUGGAAUUUUUUGCACGAUGUUUAUGUCAAUGAUGAUCAACACAUUUUUUUAAAACUUAUCUUAUGGCUUGAGAAAUUUUUGACAUUUAUGAGAUUAAAGUUCACCAAUGAAGAUUUAGUCAAAUUGAACAUCAACAUCAAGAAUGUCAACCGAACACUAUUCAUGCAACAAUUGAAUUCACAAAUUGACGCAACAAUAAGCAAAAGAAAAAUUUUCAAACAAUACUUACAAUUGAAGGAUAUGAAGCAAGAUCAAUUAGAUCAAGAUUGGGAUGAAAUAAAUAAUGGAAUAUUCGGAAACACUACCAGUGAUGAAUUUGGUAUCAAAACAGAAGAUAUAGAAGAUAUCAAUAAUUUAACUUUAGAAGAUAAAUUAUUGGAGAACAAUCAUGAACAUGCUUCGAAUUUAGAACAACUGUUAUUGCAUAAUUUAAAAUUUAUUGAUCAAAAUAAAGAGAAAAUUGGAACUUGGGAAUUGGACAAGAUAGAUAUUACUUUACAAAUCGAAGCUGUGAUUAAUAACAUCAAACAGAUGAAUCCGGCUAGCAAAGAAAUAGAAACAUGA